AUGGACGCCCUCCUCGGCGUGGCGUUCGUGGCGCAGCUGCCCUCGCGGCAGGCCGAGGCCUCGCCGCGGCCCCCGCGCCCGCCGCGGCAGGAGCCCCCCGCCUGCCCGCACCGCGCCGCCGAGGCCGCGGACGCCUCGGGGCCCGGCGCCGCGCCCGGCCUGCCCGGGGCCGACGCCGCGGGGCUGCGGCCGGAGUCCAGCUCGCCGGACCUGCGGGCGGACACAGGGGAGUGCUUCGGGAUUCCGAACCUCAUCUUCGCCAAGCUGCUGCUUCCUGACGAGGAGCUCUGCAACCGCCCCUUCUAUUUGCAGCUCGACGCGGGCCGCCGCGAGACGAAGCUGGUGAGCCACGAGCCCCCGAACAGCCACCUGCACUUCGUGUCCUUCCCGUGCAACGUUACGGAGUUCAUCCUGCCUGGCACGCGGUACAACGGUCGCGACAAGGUCGAUUUUCGUGAGAAGGUGCAGAGGUUCAACAUCGUGCAUGUGCUGGACGCGCGUCGCACGAAGAGGCUCGACAAGCACACCAGCACCCUUUGGGAGGUGUCCGCCCACCUGUCCCGUGCCCUGGUCAGCGAGGAAGCGCGGGUAGGCUAUAUUUCCACAGAGAUCAAGCGCCUAGCGGAGUUGCACUUAGCUGGCGGGCAGGACGACAUGGGCGCCGCGCCGGACAGGAAGCGGCUCGGGCUGGACCGACUGUUGUCCGAUGCCUUCGACGGCGUGAGCAGGCACGGUUACAGGUCGCUGCGCGUGAACGGCUCGAUUCUGUGCAACGUCUGCCUCUUCCCGAAGGACGAGACUCCGGUGCCGCCCUCCCCGUGGCAGGCCCUGGUGCUGACGUGCCCGCGCGAGGAGCUGCGCCAGGAGCUCCCGCUCGACUCAGCGGACAUCGUCCGCGCGAUCAUCGAUGCGGCCUCUCCGAUCAAGAGCCUCGAGGAGCUGACGGUCGAGCUGGCGCUGCCGCUCAGCACGCUGCAGCGCCUCUCGCAGCACCUGGUGUACUGGAAGAAGGCCUGCGUCGUGGACGUGUUCAGGCCAGAGACGCGGGUCGCCGUGGUGCCAGGACGAGAGGCGAUGACGGACACCACGGUCUCGCAGCGAUUCUCCAGCUGGAGGAGGAAACAUCUCAAGGUGAAGGGCUUCGACCUUUUCGAGGUCACCUCCGCGUUCUCUGGCGGGCAGCCCCUCAGCACGGUGCAGAUGAGGCUGGGGCUGGGCGGGGGCGAGAUGACGAAGGUGUUGGAGUGGUUCGUGGCGGAGGGGAUGCUGGUGCAGCUGGGGGAGUAUUGCCACUUCGUCCCUGGUGGGGCCGACAAGGCGAGGCAUCGCCCACCGCCCUGGCCGCCGCUGGACCAGGCGCUGGCGGACGAGUUUCACCCGGCGCACCUGUCCAUGGACGAGCUGCAGCUGCUUCGGGCGCGCUCGGAGGACACAACGCAACUCCGCUUCUUCUGCAAUUUCGUCGUCAGGGUGGCCAGGGCGCACCGCCGCAUGGACACCUGGAGACUCGAUGAGCUCGUGCCCCGCGAGAAGGGCCGGGCACCGGAGGCCCAGAAGCGCACGGACCUCAUCACCGCCAACAGUGACAUCUUCGCAAAGUACGUGUGCCGGUGCUGA